AUGUUGGAGCAGUAGCAACAGACCGCAGAGACCUGUGUAAAGUAGUCGCACAAGGGGAGGAGACUGAAACCGGGAAGCCUUGAAUGUGCGGUCUGCAGACCUAAGAUUUCUUCUUCAGACAGACUAGUUCAGGAUGACUUCCUCCUAUCAGAGAUGGUUUCUGAAGGGGGCCUGAUGGACACAGAGCAUCACUGCCUCUAAACACGAGAACUGCAGCCUGGAGAGCUCCUGCUGCUUCCGAGCUUGGAGUUUUCUCCCUCCUUUUCCUCCUUGGAGAUGUUCCAGAGGUUCACUCUGUCCUCUUCCUCCUCACCUGAAGCCUGCCAGGGCAAUGAUUCCACAGCCAGAUCCGACCACCAAAGAGAGAAGAGGAUUGUGCAUUUAAAGCUGGGCCGUCAUUGCAAUUGAACUGAAAUUUAUCUUUCACUCCUGAAACAGCUGCCUGUUCCUCUGUUUAUCUGUGUGCAUUUUGAGAAGCUCCUCUCUGACUCUGAUUUUGUUCUGAGUUCCUGGACUUUUCUCACUGAAUCUGCCCAUGGCUUUCCUGAUGAAGAAAAAGAAGUUUAAAUUUCAGACCAGUUUCACCCUGGAGGAGCUGACUGCUGUUCCCUUUGUGAAUGGUGUUCUGUUCUGCAAAAUCAGGCUGCUGGAUGGAGGGGACUUUGUUAGUUUGUCUUCCAGAGAGGAAGUGCAGGAGAACUGUGUCCGCUGGAAGAAGAAAUUCACCUUUGUGUGUAAAAUGAGUGCCAAUCCUGCCACCGGCCUCCUGGAUCCCUGCAUCUGCCGAGUGUCUGUGCGUAAGGAACUGAAGGGCGGAAAAACCUACUCCAAGCUGGGUUUUGCUGAUCUGAAUCUGGCAGAAUUUGCUGGCUCUGGAUUCACUGUCCGAUGCUCCUUGCUGGAAGGAUAUGAUACCAAGAACACCCGGCAGGAUAACUCCAUCCUAAAGGUGACAAUUGGAAUGUCUCUGCUCUCUGGGGACCCCUGCUUCAAAACGCCUCCUUCCACAGCCAAAUCCAUCACCAUCCCAGGACAGGACUCCUCCCUGCAGUUGACCUGUAAGGGCGAGGGGACUACCAGUAGCAUCAGCAGCUCGGCCACUAUUGGAGCAGUGCGUCAGGCCAAGUCAAGACCCACCAUUCUCAAUCCAGGUGUUCCAGAGGAACCAGACCAGAAUCUGUCCAGUCCAGAGGAAGUAUUCCACUCAGGGCAUUCACGGAACUCCAGUUAUGCCAGCCAGCAGUCCAAAAUCUCCGGUUAUAGCACGGAGCACUCUCGCUCCUCCAGUAUGUCUGAUUUGACCCACCGCCGGAAUACGUCCACCAGCAGCAGCGCCUCUGGGGGGCUCAGUUUGACAGUGGAGUGUCCUGAGGGAGAGCGGGACCACAAACUAGACAAGCCACCUCGCCCCCCAAGACCAACCAUCCUGUUGGAUAGAUCGUCCCGAAGGAAAAAGGAUUCAGUGGAGAGUCACCCAACGUGGGUGGACGAUACUAGGAUUGAUGCUGACGACAUAGUGGAGAAAAUUAUGCAGAGUCAGGAUUUCACAGACGUCAGCAAUACUGAAGAUAGUAACCUGAGGUUGUUUGUGAGCAGAGAUGGCACAACGACAUUGAGUGGGAUUCAACUGGGAAACAGGGUCUCAUCUGGAGUUUAUGAGCCAGUGGUGAUUGAAACCCGUUAAAUGUGAAGAACAGGGUAGACCUGCUGGCAACAGACCCCCUACCCCGUCCUCUGCCACACGGAUGCCAGUCUUUACCUCUCUACAUGCAACAUUCCAGAAGGGAUUUCUCCAGACCCCUCCCCUUACGUUUGCACUGCAGAACUCCUCCGAGACCAUACCACUCCAGAACAUGCACUUUUCCUUGAUUGGCAUUAACUCCCCGCUCAUCCCAGUGCUUCCAAACACCCCUGAAUUCCCUGCAGAUCCAAGGGGUCUGUCUGGAAGCCUUCUCUUUGCUGGAGGAUGUUCCCCCCCUUCCCCAGUCCCUCAUUCCACGCAUUGCUUCCUUACUAGGGAUUUCUUCACUCCUGUAUCUGCAAACCAUUGGGUUGUACCACUGUGAACUUUUCAAACCACUGAAGGGGAAAACCAGAACUGACAAACCAGGAGAGCAGCUCCUUGUUGAAACAAUGAGCUGGCCACUUGCAGGAUACUUGAUUCCACUGAUUCUGCAUUGUGGAUUGCAAGGAAACUUCACCUCCGAUGGCAACAUUUUACUGAGCAAUGAAUCCAAAAAACCAAAC